AUGUAGGUAGAAACUUACGAAAAAGGAAGAGAAGAAUAUCAAAGGAGAUAUGGUAAAUUAAAGGAUUAUAUUUCAUCUUUGAAAAUAAAAGACACUUCUGAAAUCACAAAAUUUGAUAGUUCUGACUUUGAUUUAACAAAAUUGUAAGCAAGAUUAGCUGAUUAAGCUGUGAAAGAGAAAUUUGAAGAAAAUAUUAUUGGAUCAAAAGAUAUUGUUUUAGAAAUCAAUCAUGAUUUUAAUGUUUUAGUAUUUGGAAUUGGGAGUAAGAUUGAAUUACUAGAAAAAGCAAUGUUAGAGUUAAUGAAGUAUUUCUAUUUUAAUUUGUUAUAGGAGUAAUCCAUAAUCGUAUUUUUUUGUUUUGAAAGGAUUCAAACCUUUAGUUAAUAUGAAGAUGUUCUUGUAAAAGAUGGGUGAAGUAUUGAAAAUAGAAUCACAUGUGAGAAAUCCAGAAUAAAUCAUAAAAUGCAUUGAGAACACUCCUCAUUCAAUCAUUAUUAUUGCACAUAGUAUUGAUGGUCGUCAUUUAUUGAAUGAACAAGCAUAAAAAUUACUUGGAUAAUUAAGUAAUUGUCCAAAUGUUCGUAUGGCUUGUAGUUUUGAUAAUUAUCGCUAUCCCAUGAUAUGUAAAAUUGAAAGAGCAUUCUUUUAGUGUGUGCACACUAAUAAACCAUAUUUUUAGGAAAUAUUGUAAAUCUUUGAAGAUUAAGUGGGAAAAUAGAAACAAGAAGAAGGAUUAUGGUAUGUUUUAUCAAGUAUGACUUAAAAACAGAAAAGCAUUGUCUAUUAUUUUGCAGGAAGAGUAUUAGAAAGCAGAGAUGUAUAUAUAAUAUUUAUAAAAUUUGAGGGAUUGAAUUUUUAAGAUCUGUAUGAUGCUCUUUCAGAUGAAAUGAUAGUAUCUGGCAAAUCGUAAUUGAAUGAUAAUCUUAAGGAAUUGAUGGAUCAUAAAAUUAUAAUUGAAAAAGGUGGGAAGUACACAAUGCAAUAUUCAAAUACAAUUCUAUAAGAAUUAUCUUAAAAGUUUGAUGAAGUUAUUAAAUAAUGA